CAGACAUUAAUGGCUGAGGGGUGGGGCUGGGCAAACUGGCAGGACAAGUACUGGAUUAUUGAAUUUCUUCCAUUUGCCCUGGACCCACCUUCUUGGUCUAUUCAAGUUGACUCUCGAAAAAUGUUUGUUUCUCUUCUCUCCCCUGAAUUCUCUUCUUCUUUUUGCUUGAAAACAAAAAGACAAAUGGAAAAAGGGCAUGUAGUUCCAUGGCAAGUGCCCAGAAGAGUCUGACUCAGACUAAUUUUUUUCCUCUCCGACUUUACUUCCUCCACGGACCCAGGGAAAGGGCCUUUCCUUUAAUGCCCCUUGAAAUCUGUGAACAGAAACGCAGGCUGAAGAAUCCUGGUCGGUGAUCCUAAGGUAGAGAUGGAGAGGAGGGAGACACAGCAGGCCCAUCUUUCCAUUGGGUUAUUGCUGCUGCUGCUGCUGCUGGGAACAUGGAAGGAAACCCAGGCUUGGCCUGCCUCUCUUCAAUAUGAUCUCAUCGUUGUAUCCCAGCCAGAACCCAGGGAACCUCUCUACAUGGCCCUUGGAUAUAUAAAUAAUCAACUCUUCCUUCACUAUGAUGGAGAGAGUAGAAGAGCAGUGCUGCAAAAACCAUGGAAUGAUACAGAGGAAGGGAGAAAAGUCUGGGACAGGGUGACCCAGGACCUUGAGGAGAGGGGGAAAGAACUGAGAGUGACCCUUCAAGAUAUUCUGAGACAGAACAACCAGAGUGACAGCAGUGAUGGCUCUCACACCCUUCAGGCCACAUUGGGGUGUAAGCUCCAGGGCAACAAUAGCACCAGAGGGUUCUGGAGGUUCCGAUUUGAUGGGCAAGACUUCCUGACCUUCGACCCGGAGAGACUCAACUGGACUGCAACCCAUCCAGCGGCUAAGAGAAUUAAGGAGAAAUGGGAGGACUGGUUCCAAAUGAAAUUCCCUAAAGUCCAUGAGGAGGAAUACUGUUCUAUUCGGCUCCAGAGAUACUUGGCAUCCUGGAAGGGGAUCUUGGAGAGGACAGAGCUACCAACUGAGGUGCCCCCUGGACCUAACCUCUUGUCCCGUGGACCCCUGCAGGUUGAACUACUAAUUAUCAGCAUAGGCCUCAUCUUUGCUGUCCUCGUUGUUGUUGGAGCUCAGCUGUGGAGGCGGAUGCAGGCAAAGCCAGAGAUUAGACCUACCCGAAGAAGUGAAUGGAAAUCUGCCCACCCUCUUUUCCGAGGUUUUGGUAACUUCAGAGAAACUCAGAGUGUGGUGUAGGCAAGACUUGGAAUCAGGAGAUGAGGGCCUGAGCUCUAAAGAUUCUAUAUGGUUGUGCUGAGCAGACUGGAUACCCUUACCCCUGCUCCCACCACCCCAAACACACGCACUUGUUGGGAAGAGCUGAGAAUGAUGCUACAGACUCCUCAGGAAGCCGUCUUGGCCCAAGGGGCUCUGAUCUAAGAAUAGAUUAGACAGCCCCUGGACAAGACCAAAACAUGUCCAUCUUGAGAUUGCUGUUCAAUAACGUACUUGAGAAAGGAGACAAAAAGAAGGAAAGGAAGCCAGGGGCCCACCCGGAGCCCAUGUUCUAUGUGGGAGUAGCCACUGCAGGAUGGAAGGAAGAGUACAGUUCAUUUCCUGCAAGCCCACUCCCCCCCUCCCAUAAGUCUAGAGACAGAUCACUACUUGUCUUAUGGGAGGGGAGAGAGUGAGUCAGAAGUUGUGUCUCCUUUCAAAUGAGGAAGUACCCUGCCCCCAUGCCCAUGUUACAGGGCAAAUUGAUGACCAAAGCUUCACCCAAAGCCUGCUAUGUCAUGCCAGAGUGCUGGGUUAGUAGCACUGAAGUAGUCACACAUCAUCCCCUGUGUGGCCAUGUGUUGAGCCAAUACAGAUGGUUGAUCAGAACCAGGGAGGGCAACUCUGAGCAUGCUCCAUGAGAUGGCUCUUAUUUCACAUUAAUUUAUAUAGGGAUAUGUACACCUGAGAAUAGGGAAGGAGGAAGAGAGAGAGAGAGAGAGAGAGAGAGAGAGAGAGAGAGAGAGAGAGAGGGAGACAGAAUGAGAACAUAUGAAGGAGGUGAUAGCCCUGUAGUAUACUGACUGAUCUGUGUGAAAUUUUUUUGUUGUCCAAGAAAACAGUUUAUUAAGAUGUCAUGAAAAAUAUUUUCAAAAAUUAGAUGAAGUCCAAAUAUGAAAGAUAAAAUAAGAUUUUGCAUGAAAAUUAACAUGAUUUUCAUAGUAAUAUUGCUAAGUUCCACACUAAAGUAAAGCUCCUUCCUAUAACUUCCUUCAGUCUGUCUCCAUCUCAGUCUUGGUGACUCUUUUAAGUCUUUGUUCUUAACCAGGGUUGUCAAGUGUCACUGAUAGAAGCUAAGCACUUUAAGCAGCAGCCACAUUCCCAACAAGAAGCAUCUAGUUAAUUUCACUUCUGCUUCUGCAACAUGAUGUAAAAGAGAACAGGGGGAAAAAAGUAGGGGUUUUUUUUUUGUUAGUUUGACUUUCUCAUUUUCAAGUCAAAGUACUGUCUCCUUAAUCUUCCUUGGUGAUCUUGAGUCUUCAAAUCUACCAUAGCUUGACCUCAUUUCAUUUGACACCAUUAACUGCCCUUGUCAUUUCAAAAGUUAAUAUAUCCAAUAUAGAAUUCAUUAUUUUUUCCCCAAAACCUACCUCUCUUCCCAACUUCCUUAUUUCUUUUCAGGACAUCACUUUCAUUCACUCCCACCCCCAUCCCCAUUCAAUCUGUUGCCAAAUCUUGACUUUACCUCCAUAACCUAUCUCACAUCCAUUUUCUUCUGUCCUAAGCAACUACCCCAGUUUAGGUCCUCUCACCUGGACAAUUGCACUAGCCUCCUAAUUGGCUUCCCUGUGUCUAUUCUCUCUCCUAUUCAAUCUAUCAUCCACAUAACUACCAUCUUGGUAUUCCUAAACCAUGCCAUGCUCCUGCUCAAAAAGAUUCAGAGGCUUCUCGUUACCUCUAGAUCAAAAGGCAAAGGCUUGGCAUUUAAAGUCCCCUUCUCUUCACUACAGCAGGGGCUAUUUUUGUCUUUCUUUGUAACUCUGGUGCUAAGUACUGUGGCUGGUACAUGUUGUUAUUUCAGUCAUUCUACUUGUGUCUGACUCUAUGAACCCAUUUGGAGUUUUCUUGGCAAAGAUACUGGACUGGUUUGCCAUUUCCAUCUCCA